CAUGUGGUACAGAAAGAAAGUCACCUUUGGAACUCGACUUAAUACAUUUACAACUCUUAAAUUUAGGAAAGAAUUUCAUUUAGACAUACAAAUUACGGAUGGUUCCAAUUGAUCACAUGAAUAUAUGAUAAAGUACCCUAUUAAUUUUUUUUUUUUUUUUUUUUGUGCAUGCUCUCAAGCGUCAAUUGAAUAGUUAAGCUAAUCACAUAAAUAUGUCAUCUCAUUUAAUUAUACACAUUGCCUCAAUUGGAACAUGCUUUAAUGUGUAUAAUUAAAGAAUGUGACAUACUUUAAGCGGUUGAUGUGUUUAUAUAAUUCUCAUUUCAGCACAAAAGUAUUUUCAAAAUUUAAACUAAAAUACCGUAAUUCGAGUGUCUAGAUGAAAUUUAUUAGCAAAUUAAAGAAGCUAUAGAGGAAUAAGUCUUGAACUCUGAUACUGGGAAUAAGCAUUUGAAUUGGGUAUAUUACGAGUCAAGAACAAAUGUUGAAAACCAAAUAUAGCGAAAAGUAUGAAGAGAGAAGAGAAACGACAGAAGCUCCAUGAAGGCCUCCUUCGGAUGCUCUAUCCUCCUCCACCAUCACCUCCUUCGGAAGAAAACGAUGAAGAACCACUUCACAUUCUCAGUCAAGGCCUCAACUUGGACCAAAUCCCAGAUGAAGUGGAAAAUGACAGGGGAUCUUCGUCCUCUGGCGACCAGGAGUCUGAUAAUGGGCCUGAGAAACUCACAAGGGCCCAAAGGAAGAGGAUUAGACGAAAGAAACUUAAGGAAGCAGCCUCUCGCCGUCAAGAUAUAAUUGGGCCGUUGUUGCCUACUGAAGAGAGUGAUGGUAAGGGUGUAAAUGUGAUGCCGAUAGGUGAGGAACCACAAGGUGUUCGACAAAAUGCCAAUGAGCCAGAUGAUGCAGAGUCCUGCUCGAAACAGAACAGACUAAAACAAAGAAGAAUGGCUAAAAGGUUGGUUGGUGGCAGCUCAAAGCCAACUGGGGAUAGCAACAAGCCUUGAAAUUACCGAUCCCUUUGCCAAGGAAUGCCUGACUGCAAAAAAGGAAGUGUCAUUGCAACAGGCAGAAGUGAAAAUUUUAACUGGAAAGAAGAAAUCGAACUCUGGUACAAGUGCUGACAAAAUUUUAUAGAAAGCAAGUAGUGUUGUUGUUCCUACAAAAUUCAGAUGCAUUGUUUUCAUUUUUGAACUGAGUGGUUUAUGUUUGUGCACUUUACGGGACAAAUGUUCACAUACUAGUUAAUUUAGUGAUAUGUUGUGCUAUAGCACUGUAAA